AUGAGAAGAGCACCCACACAUGGUCUGGAUCACACUGUGGACACUGGGAUCAACCAUCUCCUCUCUGACGGCCGCCCCGGGGAUUGUCAGGCGGACCCUUCAGAAAGCGUGAAGUUGAGGCUGGUGAACGGGGGCAGUCCAUGCGCCGGGAGAGUGGAGGUUCACUACAAGGGGAACUGGGGGACUGUGUAUGGUGGCGGCUGGGACCUGCAGGACGCGGCGGUGGUGUGUCGGGAGCUGGGCUGCGGCGCCGCGGUGAAAGCCCCGGGCGGAUCUCACUUUGGACCGGGGUCCGGAGCCGUUGUGACGUCAUCUGUUGAGUGCAGCGGGAGCGAGGCCGCUCUGCGGGAGUGUAAAUCAUAUACAUGGGGGAACUAUGGCUAUUCACACUCCAACGAUGCCGGCGUUAUCUGCGAAGAUCACAGAGGCCCAAGAUUGGUAUCCAAAGAUGAUCAGUGCUCGGGAAGACUGGAAGUGCAGUAUGGUGAAACCUGGGGAACCGUGUGUGACCUGGCCUGGGAUAUGGAUGAUGCCAGUGUGGUGUGCAGUCAGUUUCAUUGUGGAGUCGCCGUGUCUGUUCCGAGAGGGGCUUAUUUUGGAAAGGGAACUGGCCUUGUACGGAGCGAUGUAUUUGAAUGUAAGGGUAAUGAGACAAGCCUGUGGGACUGUCCGCGUUCUUUAGGAACUCUUCAUUGCAACCACACGAGCGAUGUCAGUGUGAUCUGUUCUGGGAAACAUCGACCACGACUGGUGGGUGGGAAGGAUAGAUGCUCUGGCCGGGUGGAGAUUCUACACGGAGACGAGUGGGGGACAGUUUGCGAUCAGUACUUUAGCUUGCUUGAUGCCGGCGUGGUCUGUGAACAAGAGGACGACAGAUGUGGCUGCAACUCCCGGAGUUACUCACUUUGGCCGAGGAUCUGGCCCUGUGUGGAAGGAGAACUACCACUGUCAGGGGAACGAGUCCCGAUUAGGUGA